GAAGAGGGGGUCCGGGGGGGGGAGAACUUCGUAGCAGUUAUCCUUUUUAGGAAAAGAGGAAAAAAUAAAACCCUCCCCCACCACCUCCUUCUCCCCACCCCUGGCCGCACCACACACAGCGCGGGCUUCUCGCGCUCGGCACCGGCGGGCCGGGCGCGUCCAGCCUUCAUUUAUCAAGCAGCUUUUCGGAAAAUGCAUUUGCCGUUCGGAGUUUAAUCAGAAGAGGAUUCCUGCCCCCGUUCCCGGCUCGUCCACCGGCCCCCGAUCCCUGUCUCUCUCCCGUGGAGGCGUGAAGCGGUCCCGCGGAUAGAGAUCCAUGUCUGUGCCCGCGCGUGUGUGCGCGCGUGUAAAUUGCCGAGAGAGGGAAAAUCACAGGACUUCUGCAAAUACCGGACUGAAAAUUGUAAUUCAUCUGCCGCCGCCGCUGCCUUUCUUUUCUCGUGCUCUUGAGCUCUCCGUUUGGGAUUUCUAAGGAUUGACAUUUCUGUAAAGGAGAAGUCUGGGAAUCAAACUGGAAAUUCUCCUAAUUUGUAUACUCCCCUCCCCCAGCUCCUGAUUCAUUUGGAAGUUUCAAAGCAGCUAUAACUGGAGAGUUCUGAAGACUGAUGGAAUCUUUGCCUUAUGCAUUUGUUUUGUUUUCACAAAAAAGGAAACUUGACAGAGGAUCAUGCUGUCCUUAAAAAAUACAACAUCACGGAGGAAAUAGACUGAUAUUAACAAAAUUAAUAAUGUGCCUCAUGAAAUAAAGAUCCGAAAGGGAUUUAAAUAAAAAUUUCCUGCAUCUCAUGCCAGGAGGGAAACACCAGAAUCAAGUGUUCCGCGUGAUUGAAGACACCCCCUCAUCCAAGAAUGCAAAGCACAUCCAAUAAAAUAGCUGGAUUAUAACUAUUCUCUCUUGUGGGGCCGUGGGGCGGGAAGCGGGGGCGAGAGGUGCUGUUGGUACCCGGCUGCUUUUCCUCGGGGGAAGGAUGGCGCACCCUGGGAGAACAGGGUACGAUAACCGGGAGAUAGUGAUGAAAUACAUCCACUAUAAGCUGUCGCAGAGGGGCUACGAGUGGGAUGCCGGAGACGCGGGUGCCGUGUUCCCGGGGGCCGCCCCCGCGCCGGGCAUCUUCUCCUCCCAACCCGGGCGCACCCCCGCGCCCACCAGGACCUCGCCGCCGCCGCCCCCGACCGCCCCUGCCGCCGCCGCCGCCGCCGCCGCCGCAGGGCCUGCGCUCAGCCCUGUGCCACCUGUGGUCCACCUGACCCUGCGCCAGGCCGGCGAUGACUUCUCCCGUCGCUACCGCCGCGACUUUGCCGAGAUGUCCAGCCAGCUCCACCUGACGCCCUUCACCGCGAGGGGACGCUUUGCCACGGUGGUGGAGGAGCUCUUCAGGGAUGGGGUGAACUGGGGGAGGAUUGUGGCCUUCUUUGAGUUCGGUGGGGUCAUGUGUGUGGAGAGCGUCAACCGGGAGAUGUCGCCCCUGGUGGACAACAUCGCCCUGUGGAUGACUGAGUACCUGAAUCGGCACCUGCACACCUGGAUCCAGGAUAACGGAGGCUGGGCCAGCAUGGAGACUAAAACUUGGGAAGUAUGCAUUGAACUCUCCCCAUUGGCGGGUGAUAGAUCCACAUCACAAGUGGCUAUGAAUCCGCAGGCAAAACAUGGAUUUCAGAUUUAUACAAAAAAGUUCACUUUGAAUUCCAAAGGGAAGAAAACAUUGAUGAUCACAACGAGACAAUCCUACAGAAGGACGCCUUUGUGGAGCUGUAUGGCCCCAGCAUGCGGCCUCUGUUUGAUUUCUCCUGGCUGUCUCUGAAGGCGCUGCUCAGUCUGGCCCUAGUGGGAGCUUGCAUCACCCUGGGUGCCUAUCUGGGCCAUAAGUGAAGUCCACAGGCCUGCCACAAAAAAAUAUGCAAAAGGUUCACUAAAGCAGUAGAAAUAAUAUGCAUUGUCAGUGAUGUACCAUGAAACGAAGCCGUGGUCUCUUAAAAGCAAAAAGCCAACCAACCAACAACAACAACAACAAAAAACAGCUUUCAGGCUCAACGUCGAAUCAGCUAUUUACUGCCAAAGGGAAAUACAAUUUAUUUUUUACAUUCUUAAGAAAAAUAAGAUUUAUUUAUUUAAGACAGUCCCAUGGAACCUCUUCUCUUUGGAAACCCUCCCACUAAUUGCCAAGCCCCACCUAUGUGGCUCCACCUGGAUCUCCUGUGCCUAUAAACACGGAUUUCUGUUCCAUGUUGUUGGCUAGACUGACUCACCAUCUGAAAAGCAAACAAACUGACAAAGGACUUGACUGUUCCAGAAGCCGAGUUUCUGGCUGCUGGAGGUGAGGAAGAAGAUGUUCAUUUUCUUUUUAGUCUUUUUGUUUUUGGGGGUUUUGUUUUGGGUUUGUUUGUUUGUUUGUUUGUUUUUGGUUUGGGUUUUUUGGGUUUUUUGCCCUGGAGGCUGUGAUAUUACUAGAGGGAAGGUGCUUGGAGGGGAGACCAUUCUUCCCUGGCCUGAAGAACAGGCACUUUUCAUGUGGUACACACCCGGUUGGAGGAAAAAAAUCGGGAACUUCAGAUGGACUUGCUAUUUGCCAAGAUUUCCACCCCGAAGUACAGUGAUCGGAAAAAUGCCCCUAAACCAUAGGAAAGUAUUUUUUUAAGCUACCAAUUGUGCCGAGAAGCAUUUUAGCAAUUUAUACAAUAUCAGCCAAUACCUUAAGCCCUGAUGUGUAUAUUCAUAUAUUUUGGAUACGCUCCCCCUCCAAAUACUGGCUCUGUCUGUGUAUGAAACAGAAUCCUCUGGAAUGCGAAGAAGUGAACAAAACUUUGGUGACUUCUUCGGCAUCAGGAAGCAUCAGGCCGCCACAAGUGCCUGUUUUUCUGCAAGAGGCCGUGGUCUGAAGUUCUGCCUUGCUCCGCCUCGGAGGCCUCGUCCUGGAACUGAGCCUGGGCACUCGCUGGUCUGCUCGAGGGGUUUGAAACAGAGCAGAGCGGUCUGCGGAUGUCUGCAAGCUGAUGGAGCUCAGAAUUGUGCCGGCAGGACAGAAGGCAGGGGGCCUGGGCUUGUUACCCUGGGGCCCUCUGGUCAGGCCCCUUUCCACGUGGAGCGUGGAACCUGGGAGCCAAGGCCUUUCCUCGGAGAGGGAGGCGGUGAAGUCUGGGGAGGCUGCCCCGGAGAGGAAACAUGUGUGGCCUGUGCGCACUGGGGCUGCAGCGCAUGCGUGGCCUGCGCGGCCGCCAGCCUAUCUGUGCAGCUUAAAGCAAGAGUUUUAAAAAGACUACAGGGAGGGUCAUAAAUCCUCAAGGAAGCGCUGAAAUGAGGUGUCAUGGAUUAACUGACCUAUGUCUGUGGAAUUACGAUGUAAAACAUUAUCUUGUCAUUGUAGUUUGGUUUUAUUUGAAAAACCUGACAGAGGAUGGGAAAAAGAAGUUCCAGGUGUGGAAUGUGGGGAUUAUCUGUACAUCCUGGGGCGUUAAAAAAGAAAAAAGAGAAACAAAAGUCAAUGGCGGAAAAGGCUGGAGAAGUAGCAAAAGAAGUGAAAGCUCCAGCUCAUAAACUAGAAAAUAUUUUUUCAAGUUUAGAAUCAGCCUUGAGACAUACCUGGAGUAACUGUGGCAUUGUUGCAUUAUAUACCAUUUAUCUGUAUUAACUUGGGAAUGUACUAUGUUCAAUGUUUAAUGCUGUGGUUGAUAUUUCAAAAGCUGCUUUAAAAAAAAAAGAUACAUCCAUCUCAGCAUCUUUUUAAAAAAAAUGUAUUUAGUUACGGCCUCUACACUAGUUUUUAGCAAAAAUGAUCGUUUUUCCAUUUGAGAUUUUUGUCUCUUCAUUCUUUAAAAGCAUUUCUGAGGAGCUGAGAUAAGCUUUGGGUCUCAGCUACCUGAGGAACCCUGGGGCAUGCCGGCCAGCGCGCCACUGCUUCAGCUGAGUUAAGUACCUUUCCAUGUCAACAGAAUUGUUUAUUGUGAGGGAUACAGCUGUUGUCCCUUUGACCUUGUUCCUUAGGUUUGCUUGUCCUUGGCCAAAUCAGAAUUUAACUCACAAUAUUUAGGAUUGCAUACAUGUUUGGUUAAACCCAUGAGGUUCAUUCAGUUGAAAAUCCAGAUGGGAAACGACCAGGGGGUUACAUACUGGCCACGGUGGUUUGACCCUUAGUGAGAUGGUUUCCUCGCAGACCUCUCUAGGGCCCCCCACCCUCUUUCCAUAGGGCCCUUCUCCGUGGCCGUCUUUCAGAUUCUUCCUGAAAUCCAGGGGCGCUUAUCCCCCACACGGAGAAAGCAGGAAACCCAUGGUGUGACGCCAGACCUCCCUGGCAGGCCUCAGGGAACAGGACGAUCAGACCUUUGAAUGAUUCUAAUUUUUAAGCAAAAUAUUAUUUUAUGAAAGGUUUACAUUGUCAAAAGUGAUGAAUAUGGAAUAUCCAAUCCUGUGCUGCUAUCCUGCCAAUAUCAUUCUAAUGGAGUCAGUUUGCAGUACACUCCAAGUGGUGAGAUCCUCCAAGCUGCUUUAGAAAUAACAAUGAAGAACAUGGACAUUGUUAAUAUAAAGCCUGUUUGUCUUUUGUUGUUCUUGUUAUUGUUCAAACCGGGAUUUGUGGAGUAUUCUAAAAAUGUAUAUAUAAGAAAGUUCACGGGGACUAAUUUCUGGCAGAUUUCCCUUUGCUGUGAGGUUAUGUUAUCUGGUUUUAACGAUAAAUGUUCCCGGCCACCUGACCCCGGAGCUGUACAGUAUUGUGGCUGCACUCUCUCUAAGAGUAGUAAAAGUUGCAUUUUUCUUGUUGUUAAAAACAUGUUAGAAGCAAUGAAUGUAUAUAAAAGCUUUGACUAGUCAUUUUUUCUCCUCCUUUUCUUUUUUCUUGUUGUCUCAAUGAUUUUGCCAUCAGACAGCAGAGAACGGUUCCUCCCUAUUUCAUGUGGAGGAGGGGGUCACCAUCAGCACGUUGCAUGUGUUGACCCAGGUCAGAGUUCAACAGAACAUGUGCACUUUCCAAAUGGAGGUCAAGGGCUCUAAAAAGAGCCACAAGGAGAAAAGCACCCAAGAACCUCUUGGGUCCGCCCCAGUCCUCACUGCACAAGCAGUCUGAAAGAGAGAUCAAGAUGACAGCUCACGUGUUCUACAGCAAACAGCUCAUCUCAGAUUUUACACUGGCUGAAAAGUCUUGCAGGCUUAAGAUCUGAAUUAAAGUCACAUUUGGAAUUAAGGCAGUACCUUGCUAUAGUUCAAGCCGAAAACCAGCAUCCUCUGCCCCAUCUCACUUAUCUCUGCAUGUUCAGAUAUGACCUUCCAUUUAGACGUGACUUUUAUUUCAUUAGGAAAUGUUUAUGCUUAUCAUCUGAAGAGUUAGUCCUGGCCCAAUGUGGGAAAUUAGGAAGUGACUGUAAAUCAAGAGGAGUUCUAGUAAUCAGGAUUAAACUUAAAUAAGUAGGGCAGUCCCAACAGAUGCCUGGCUUUUUCGCAUUAAGGAUCUAUGGAAUGAACAGCAUUGCAAAUGGUCUAUACUGUAAUUAAACUUGUGCUGAAAUGACUAAUUUAUAAAUGUGAACUUAAAUUCUAAUUUCGAUUGUACUUUUAGGGCAGCGGCUGUUUUUAUACUUCCUUAUCACUGAUGGUUAGUAAUGUACACCUCCUCUAUCAGAAAAAAACAGGAAGGGCUUGAAAUAUAAGCCAUUCUAAGGAAAUUAGGGAGUCGGUUGAAAUUCUAUUCUGAUCUUAUUCUGUGGUGUCUUUUGCAGCCUAGACAAAUGUGGUUACACACUUUUUAAGAAAUACGAUUCUACAUUGUCUGGCUUAUGAAGGUUCCAAUCAGAUCUUUAUUAUUAUUCAAUUUGAAUCUUCCCAGGGAUUUUUUUUUUAAUUAUUAUGGGACAAAGGACAUUUGUUGCGGGGGUGGGAGGGAGGAAGAAUUUUCAAAUGAGCAAAACAUUCCCAAGAUUGCAUCAGGGUGUGGAGGCUUUCAAAACAGCCAGGGCUGUAGGAUGCGAAAUGGAAACUGGGAACUUCACUAGGGUCAAUGUGAUGCCCCAGUGAAGGACCUGGUGCAACAAACAAGAAACGUUUUAAAAUUCUGGUGUGUAUUUAGCUUCUAGAGACAACAGAACAACUCAAAGUCCAGCUCUGUAUGACAGUGCAGAUGGACCAAAACUCUUUUAAACAUCUGCCUUCAGUGGUAUUAUUCUCAAGCCUGGAUGUGUCUAAUGGCUAUUUAAACAAUACAUUUGCAGUUGUAACCAACAGGAUAUUUAAUGAAAACCUUCUGGUUGGUAGGGACCUCUGUUUCUAAAUAUUUAUUAUGCACCAUAUUGGAGGGGAAAAAAAGUGAGACUGAAUUGGGUAAGUAAUAAUACAGGUUCCCUUAUCCUUACCCAAAGAAUCAUUCUGGUACAUGUCUGUUCUCAUUGGACAGGCCCUUAGACAACCACGAAAUAUUCAUCCCACAGGCACAAAGAAAACCAGCUGGAGUAUGAAUGGUAUUGCCCUAAUUCAUCACGACUACCCCAGGAGAAUAACUGAAAGCCAAUAUAUAUCCGGGUCCCAAGGUGAGCUCAGCAGACAGAAAUACUUGUGGAAGAUGGAAAGGCUCAAUCAAAAGAUCCUGGGACUGUUGCUAAAUAUGACUAUAGUGUAUUAGUAAUGCCAUCUACUGAAGGCUUUGGGGGAAUCUGCAGUGGGCCUUCCAGCCAGCGCAUUUCAUUAAGUUUUGCCUCUGAGGUAGCGUUUGAAGCAGUGAUAGCUGGUCAGAUUUCGUUAGGUGGUUGUCUUCAUUAUUAAACUAUCUUCUUAAGUUUUCAGCCAACUUUUGCUUCUGUUUUGAGUUACUGGGAUUAUUUUUGUUUUCAAUAAAAUAAGUGUAUAAAAAGCGUUUUUGUAGUGAAAGCUUUUAUUAUCAAGAUUUUCACACAUCUGCCUUCCAUGAGCUCUUUUGAAGAUUGAUACUUUUUCGGGGUGGCUGAUAGCCUGCACCACCGCACACACACACAAAUAUAUGAUAAGCAUACUUCAGAUAGUUGAGAUAAAGUAAGUCUCUGGUUGGCCAAUAUUAAAUAUAAUGGCAUUUUCUUUGUGUUGUUGGAAAAAGUCACAUUGCCAUUAACUUUCCUUGUCUGUCCAUUUAAUAUUGUGAAGAAAAAUAAAGUACAAUGUGAGAUACUGGUUGCGCUUUGGAA